CUUUGUGCUAAUCAAACCACAUGUCGACGGCACCAUUGUCGUUGGAAAAUCUUGAAAAAGUUGCAGGCUUAAAUAAAAGGGAAGUAAUUUAUAUAAAAUUACUCGAUUAUGAACAGGAACUCCAACGAUUGAGCAAAACAUUUCGAGAGAGCUCUCUUCAAAGCUUCAUAGACCCAAUACAUGCUUUAAUCAAGCAGUAUGGAAGUUAUAUAGGCUAUCCUACACGAUAUUUAUUAUCAAACUGUGUAAUUGCACUGUUAAAAGGAUUUGAAGGAUACCAGAUAAACCGUGUAUUGGUCGGAUUCGUUGACAAUAUAAUUGAUAAAAAAGAUAAUGUUGAAAUUCUAAAUAACUUAUCGGUUCUUGGUAAUUGCUUACAAGCGUAUGGUCAAACGAUAAACCAGCAAGAGACGUUCGUAAAGGUUUUUCUCAAAUACUCCAAGAAUAAUUAUCCUCAUGGCCUUCGGGUAUGUGCUCUUCAAGGUCUUUCUGAAAACAUUCGACACGCUGGAAGCCAUUUGAGCGAAGAAUUAUUGAAGGAGAUUUGGAAAUCUAUCAAAUCUAAUUUGGGAAGUUCUUCGUUGAACGUCGUUCUUUCUGCUUUAAAUUGCUCUUACAUCUUACUUUUAAACUCUUCUUUGCGAAAUUCGGAUUUGGAAUGGUUAAAAUCUUAUUUAUUAAAAAAAUGCUCCAUUGAAAACUCGGAUUUGCAAAGCAUGUUAGCCAAAUGCUUUACUGCUAGCACCAUGUUACAAGCGCACCGUCAGAUUGAAGCUUUAAAGGCUGCGUCUGGUUCUUCUGCAGCUGAUGAUGAAAAUAACGAAGAGUCUGAGAAUGCUCAAAAAAUACAAAGAGUUGAUGAAUCUGAUGAAUUCAGUAAAGUUUUGCAGAUGCUCCUUGGACUCUACAAUCAUAAAUACGCAAAAUCCGAGACACCUAGAGGUGUAAUAACUCUUGCAAUCAAGCAUUUUUUUCUUUUACAAGACUUUCCAAAAAUUCGAACAUAUUAUUCUGAAAUCUUAAGUGUUUUGCUUGAUUCUACUGUAAAUCCCCCCUUAAGCGAAUGGUUAUCUGCUUUAGAGCAACAACAUUUUACCUUUCUUUUGCAUGAUGUAAUCAAUUCGCGUUUCUUGGAUCAAGGUUCUGAGGUUCAGGCUUUUGAAUUGCUUUUAUCUAAAGUAUUGGAACCGUUCGUAGCUGACCAAACAAAAGUAUCAAUCACCUUAGUUCAGGUCGCAUUUGCUUCCAUUGCCGAUAUUCUGGCAAAAUUAAAGGGUUCUAUUACUCCUCAUCAUACUCAAUUCCUCAGAUUACUAUUUGAUAGUAUUAGCUUGGGUAAUGACAGUCUGAAGAAUAGUGCGGCAUGGUGUUUGCGAUGUUUGCUUAUAGUGAUGCCAGGUCCCAUAAUGCCAACGUUACUAUCACUUUUGGGAAAGCUAGAGAAUGAACUUAAGCUAAUGCGUUCGAAAACGAAGGAAUCAAAGAUCAAACCAAACAACGGAAUUUUGAAUAAUUUAACUCUGGCUUUAGUAUCAUGCUAUGUCGCAGCUGAAAAGAAUCCGUUGUAUGUUUCAUCUUUUAUAUUUUCUAAAUUAUUCAAUUUUUCCCUCGAUCUUAUACGGUCUUCUACCAGUUUAGAUUUAUUCACAGCUCAGGCUCAGUUGAAAGUAGGAUGGCGUUUGAUGACAACGUAUGUUUCAUUCGGUCCUUCUUUUACUAGAAUGCAACUUUCGCAAUUGUUCAUUUUGUGGAAGAAUGCGCUUCCUCGUAUAUCAUCUAAUAUUCAUUCUCAAAACUUUAUGGAAUCUAAUGCUGACUUAUUUACUCGCUAUGAGGCUCUUCAGUGCCUUCUAGCAUUUUUGAAGUAUAACCGGGUUCUUCUAACUCCUGAUGUUCGUAAACGUAUAAUUUUAUUCCUUACGAAUUGCUUGAAAUUUUAUAAAUCUUUUGUCCUUACCAAGAAGCUAGAACUUCAAACAGCUAUUCAUUAUUCUGACUAUUCUCACAGCGAGUUGCGAACGUUGCUUUUAUCGAAAGUGUUUCAAUGUUUCUUGGAACUUACGAACAUAAAUGGCGUUACAUUAGACGAUCAAGAGCUAUUAUCAACAACUGUUUCAAUAAUAGCAGAGCUUUCAUACCUCCAAUAUCUAGAUGAUGAUUCCCAACAACGCAACUAUUCUUUAAAGGUAAUACCAGGUUUAUUUUCUUCAUACUACCCCAAGAAAAGCGAUGAUGGUAAUGAUAUCACUGUAGGACCAAUGCCUUACUUAAUAGGAGACCCGACAGCUGACAUGCUUUUUCUGUUUUCUGAAUCAGACAAUUUUUCUUUCCCAUUUGUUCCUCCUUUGGCCACUGCCGUAGUCGAUAGUGCAGUCAUAUUAUUUUCUUUAAUAUUUUGCUAUCAACCGCCGAAGGUUAUGGAAAGUACAUUAGAAAUCUUAAUUGCCUCAGUCUGUAACCCAAGUAAUACGAGGGAUAUUUCCAGGGAGAAAGCGAUUUCUACAAAUGUUCUAUUUUCAAUUCACGGAGCUCUAAAAGUCUUUUGUGUGAAGAAGCUUUCUUUAUCAAGUAAGGUUGUUUCACUUGUUAUUGAAUUAUUGGAUAUAUAUUCUGGUACUGACGAUAUGACCGUAAUCCGUCUGUUUUCAGAAUCUUACUCAUUUUUGGCUUUGCUUUAUCAUAAUAAACCGACAUUUGUUCUUGACGUUCUCAUACAGCGGGCUGCGGAAUCCGGAAAUCCAAAUUGUAGAGCAACAUCAAUAAUGGGUGUCGGGCAUACGUUAGCCAAGCUUGGUUCUGGUGUUUCCCAAGCAUUAUUAGUAAGAGCGUAUCAGCUACUUAAAGUGUUUAAUGCUGACUCCAAUGACACUGUAAGAAACUGUUCCAUAGAAGCGUCUUUCGUGUCAUUGGGAACAAUAGCGAAAACUAUACCAAGUGUUUUAACUGGCCAAAUGCGAAUACUACUUAAUUACAUGAUUUCAGCUGAUGUCGACAUAGAUAUGUUACUUCUGAAAAGAAAAACCGACUUGGUCUAUCCCACCCACUUAUUUAUUGAAUAUCUUGAUUGCUUAAUUAAUGAGCUGGGCCCUACUUUAAGGAGUAACUCUUAUGACUCUUAUCUUGCUUACAACAUUUCGAGAGAGCUACUGCGUUUUGCUGGAGAGGAUAGUAACAACAUCACUCGAGUAUAUAAAUGUUAUCAACAUUUGUAUCUGUUCACACCACUUGAUUUAAACUCUGGUGUUUUCAUCGAUGUAAUAUUUAGAAAUAUUGUUGAUGUUAAACAUCCAUUGAUUCGAGAUUCAGCCAUUGAGGUUUUGUAUCAAAUUUUACUUCAAAAUCAAUCGUUUUCCGAGUCUUGCUACAAAAGGCAUCUGGACAAGCUCAUCUGGCAAUCAAUUGAUGCUACACCCGAAAACAAAUUUUUGAGAAAUAUAGUACAUAUGUGGUUUAAAGAUUUCAAGGAAAGCGAUAUUUCCUGGUGGGUUAAUAUUCUCUUAUAUUUAAAUGGUGUAAAAGGAAAUUUUAACUUCGAAAGGUCUUUUGGGGAUGAAACAAAUCAUAACUUGGAUGAGGACACUGUGUCGCUUGCCCAUUCCCUUGUUUCUACAGCUGGCAAUAAGAAUUAUCGCUGGCAAACUCAACUUUUUGCAUCCUCGAUUUUAAAUACAUGUAUAUUUGAUAUAAUGUCCAGCAAAGCGGAAGCUUCACAUUAUUUGAUUUCCAGAAUUUCAGAUUUGGUACGUGUAGCUUUCAUUCUAUCUACAUCUGAUAAUUUUUUUUUAAAAGAAAGUGGCCUCAAACUUUUGGAUACUUUAAUUAUGAAUUUUCAAACAGUAAAGGACCCUGAUUUUGAGGAUGUUCCUUUGUUAGAUCAAUUUCAAGCGCAAAUCAGCUCUGCUUUCACUUCUGCAAUAACUGAGGAGUUUGCACCAGAAAUUGUUUCUCUAGCAUUAAACAUAGGUGCUAAUUUCAUUGGAACAGGUCUCCUUCCGACAGCUAGCCAAGCGAAUCGCGUAGUAAAUAUGUUGAAAUAUGCACUUGAUACAAGCUUUUUUGAAAAUGGCAAUGAAAAUAAUAAACAAUUUCAGAACGAUUCAAUCUACGUCCUUCGAGUAACCACGUUAUCAGCCUGGGCAAUCUUGUAUGGUUACUCCCAUAAAAUCGAAUAUCUGAAAGAACUAGUUUCUCCUUAUUUGAGACGUUUUGCUGCGCAUUGGGUGGUAACCUUGAGAGGUUAUUCACGUCUUCGGUUUGGACCUAGCUUACUAAAAGACUUUGUUGCGGAUACUUCUUUUUCCCACUCCCAAAAUAUAAAUCCUAAAAUCCUUUUAGAUAUAUACGAAGCUACAUGGCUGAAUAUCGCUGAAGCGUUGACUCUUCUUCUGGACGAAAAUCCCGAUCUUGUCUAUGGUAUUUUAAAUGGAGAGGAACUAACGUUAUCAGGAGAAGAUAUAUUUUUCCAUGAUAAUAUAAACUACAUAAGUGACAAGCAUUCGUUCAAUUUCUUUAUUUUCAGUGUCUGCUUUCAGUCACUCCUUAUCCCAAGCACCUUACAAAAAUUUGAGAAACCGGUUUUACGAAUAAUGAAAAUCAUGACUUCUAUUUUGACUGAGGAUUUAUGUACAAAUGUACUGUAUGACACUAACGUUUUCCCAGAGGUUAUUGAUCUUCUCAUAAGACUUAUUCUUACGGAGGAUUGGGAAACAAAAACCAGUAUCGUUCUUUUUGUCAAGAGAUUAGCGUUGGUGAACCCUGGACAUUCUAAGUUAAAAGUGUGCGAAAGUGAUUCUGUUACUUCUUUAGAACCUUCUGUUUCGGAAGGAGUUGAGCAAUUGUUUGACUUAGUUAAGAUAUUGAUUUUAGCUUUAACCGUCAGGUUGCCAGGACUUCGAUCAAACUCCGUAUAUUCUGCUGGAAAUGAAAAAUCUAGCCAUUUCAUUAUACUAUGCUUUGACUCCUUUUUGGAACUUGCUAAUAUUUUCCCCACCAUUGUAAGAGUUGAUCUAUUUGCUACUGCUUUACACGUUUACGAAGUUAUACUUGAUGAUCCGUCCCUCCUUAAAUACUCCAAGCAUGAGCUUCUGGGUGUCCUACGAAAACUACUGAGUACAAUGGUUACGCAAGAUAACUCUAUUUGUUCAACCUUAUGCUACACUUUGUUUGAGCAUCUUUAUUCUAUGUUAGAAAACAAGUAUCAAUCGGAAAGCACAGAUAAAAAGGAGAUCAUCCUGCUGAGCAUGGUGCUCGUCCUCACGAUAGCAGCUCCUCUCUUAGAUGGAGAGCAGCUUAUAAUCCAAAACUUUGUAACGUCCCUUUUCGAUCUUUUAAAAACAACAGAGGAUUUUCAAACAGCAACAAAAUGCACUUCUUCGUUAUUGUUGGCGAACAGCAAACAUAACACAAUGAAUGCAUUGUGUCGGAAAAUUAUUGUUGAUUCUGUUGCAAUGCUUCAGAAAAAUGAAAUUUUACAAAGCGGCCGGUAUCUUGAAAGCUUUCUGCCGUCCUUACUGAGCAUGUAUCAAUACAUUGAUGAGACCAAAAAACCCUCCUAUAUUAACUUGGCUCUCCCAAUAAUCGGACAUUUUGGUGUUUUGAUUGAGAAACCUGAAGUCCGUAAAAAAGUUGGAAAUUUGUUGCUUAACUUAAUGUCCAAAGAGCCAGAAACGACGAAAGAUAUUCUACAACAAGUAACCAACGCGCAAAGGAAAUGCAUCGAAGAUUUUGUUAUGCAAACUCAAUUAGAAUAGGGUUUUUGUUAUGAAUUUAAAGGAAACAAACAAUACACAUGGAUGAAACGCUUGUGUUUGUGAGAUAAGAGGAAGUUUAUUUAUACAAUAAUUAUCAAAAUUAUAC